AUGCAAUCAAUUCACUAAUCACACAAGUAAACUAUUAUAGAGGAUAUGUUAUGGAAAUACCACUCUUCUGAUCUUGAAAUUCAAGGUUUGGGAUCAAUUAAUUUUGAUUCUGAAUUUAUUUGUUACACUUUCACAGAAUUUGAUGAAGAAGGUCAAUAAAUAACACAAUAAACAGAUACCUUUAGAACAGUAGUUUUAUUUGAAAAUUCAAAUUCUAUUCCUCUUGCCCUCUCUAGUGCUCUCAGAACCAUGUUGAAAGGAGAAUAGGCAUUUUUUGAAGUUAGCGAAGUUUAUGCUCUCACAUAAAAAGAGAUUGAUGUCUAUAUAGAUAAUAUGAUACCAUUGAAAAUGUAGAAGAGAUAAUAUUGGCUUAUCAAUAUAGAGAGAACCUUUGUGUAUUAAGAAAUAGAUUCAUUAAACUAGUUAUAAAUAGAAUAAUACAUUGAUGAAGUAAGGAAAUAUGCUGGAAUGAUAUUUCAAAAAUAAAAUUAUAUUCCAGCCAUCUCUAUCUAUUAAUUGAUUAGUAGAAUUAAAGUGGAAGAUUAAUAGUAAGAGUAUAAGAAAAAAAUAUUAAAGGAAAUAAGCAAGUCAUAUUCAAAUAGAGCAGUUUGUCAUAUAAAAUUAAAGGAAUGGGGCAUGGCAGAUUAGAUGUGUGAUGAGGCUUUAAGUUUUGAUAAUGAGAAUGAAAAAGGUAGGGCAUCUGAAGUAAAAUAGCUCUAUUGAU